ACACUCUUUACAUUAUGCAAGUUCCAUGUUGGAGUCAUCGACUUUUAUCGCAUUCAAGUUCUGAUUACUCUCUAUAUAUGAAUAUAUUGCAACACUGUAUCGACAGAAGAACAAUUACACCUGGUCUUCUCGUUCACAACCGAGUUUUAACAAGUGGGUUUGAUUCAAAUGUUCAUUUAAACACAAAACUUGUUAUCUUCUAUGCUAAAAUUGGUCGAGUUCUGGCCGCUCGUAGUAUUUUUGACAGAAUGGAAGAUAAGAAUGUUGUUUCUUGGACUGCUAUGGUUUCUGGGUACACCCAAAAUGGGUGUUUUAGAGAUGCUUUAAUGGUGUUUUUGGAAAUGUGUAGAGGUGGUGUUAAAGUUAAUCAGUUUGGAUAUGGCAGCACCUUGAGGGCUUGUACGAGUCUGAGAUAUUUGGAGACUGGUUUUCAGAUACAAGGGUGUAUUCAGAAGAGUAGGUUUGUUGAGAAUUUGUUUGUGCAAAGUGCAUUGAUUGAUUUUCAUUCCAAGUGCGGAAAGAUGGAAGAUGCUUGCUCUGUGUUUGAGAGAAUGACUAAGAGGGACUUGGUUUCCUGGAAUGCGAUAAUUGGUGGGUAUGCUGUUCAGGGUUACUCUGAGGAUUCGUUUAGAGUGUUUUGUUCAUUGAUGAGAGAAGGAGAACACCCUGAUUGCUUUACAUUGGGAAGUGUUUUGAAAGCCUUAGCUGGAGGCAGUUUUCUUGUGAAGGUUAGUCAAGUGCAUGCUCUCACCAUCCAACUAGGCUAUGGCUCAUGUAACUCUCUAAGUGGCUCACUAAUUAAUGCUUAUGGGAAAUGUGGAAGUAUAGAAAAUUCUUUUAAAUUAUACAUGAGUAUGUCAGAAAAGGAUAUUAUAGCUUGCACUGCCCUGAUAAGUGGAUAUGCACAAGAAAGUAACCACGGUAGAGUUGCCCUGGAUGUCUUGAAAGAAAUGACUCGUAUGCACCUGGUUUUCGAUCAAGUUGCAUUAUGCUCUAUGCUUAAUAUAUGUGCCAACAUACCCUCAUUGAGCCUAGGAAGACAGCUCCAUGCUCUUAUUUUUAAACAUCAAGCUUAUAAUGAUGUGGCUAUGGGAAAUGCUCUCGUCGACAUGUAUGCAAAAAACGGAGAGAUUGAAGAAGCUACUCGUGCUUUCAAUGAGAUGGAGGAGAAAAACAUAAUUUCAUGGACAUCAUUGAUUGCUGGAUAUGGUAAACAUGGUUUCGGACAUAAAGCAAUUGAACUAUAUAAGAAGAUGGAAUGUGAGGGAUUGAAGCCGAAUGAUGUUACAUUCUUGUCCCUUCUCUGUGCUUGCAGUCAUACUGGUUUGACUGGUGAAGGAUGGGAAUGUUUUAAUGAUAUGGUUAGCAAGCAUGGCAUCUUACCCCGAGAAGAACAUAUAGCUUGUUUGGUAGAUAUUUUUGCACGCGGAGGCUGGUUAGAAGAAGCCUUUCAUCUUAUAGGCAAGAUGAAUGUUAAGCAGAAUGCAUCCCUUUGGGGUUCAAUUCUCGGGGCAUGUAAUACAUAUGGAAAUACGCGUCUUGGAGAAGUAGCAGCUAAGCAUCUCUUUCAAGUGGAUCCAGAUAAUUCUGCUAAUUAUGUUGUUCUAGCAGGCUUAUAUUCUGCAACUGGUGCAUGGGAUAGUGCUGGAAACACGAGGAAUUUUAUAGAAAAGAGAAGCUUAAUGAAGGAGCCAGGACACAGCCUUUUACAGUCUACACAGAGCAAAUUUAUACUUUUACAGCCUACUUAAAAUUUCAUUUUUGAUGUUCUUUUUUAUUUCUCAUCAAACAAUGGCAUCUUCUUCUGGAAAUCCUAGCUAUUCUUAGCAUGAUAUUGGGGAAUCUCAUUGCUAUUACUCAAACAAACAUGAAACGUAUGCUUGCGUAUUCGUCCAUAGGUCAAAUUGAAUAUGUAAAUCUUGGACGAAAUGAUGGCUUCUCUUAUUCUGGUGGUAGUACAAUAACACCUUGAAUUCCACAAUGCUCCUGCCCAUCUGAUCUUUAAGUAUUAUUUUUCACUAAGUGGGAAGAACAGUUUUGCUGGAAAUUCUGUGAUUGAAUGAAGAACGCUGAAUCAGAAGUUACAGAGCUUGGUUGGUCUGGGCAUGCGAACGAGCUUUGACGAGGAAGAAUCCCAGUGAGUGUCCAGCCACAGCUGCUAUGAAUAUGCCUAUGUUGAAGGACAUGACAGAGAGCAUGACAAGAUAAGCAAAACCAAUCCUUAUAGCAUAGACACUGGCUUGAAUAGCACCUGCCUUGAUGGGGCUGGUGCCAGUUUUUACAGUUGGAGAGACUGACAAAACCUCAGUAGCUAAAGCUAUGAGAAAGAUUAAGAAGAACGCAAGCAUAUACAUGCCAAGAUUCUGUUUUGGCCAAUCAGAGAACAAGAUUACAGCAUCUUUUCCCCAGUAAAGGCUCGAGUGCAUCAUCACCUCUGUUGUGUUUCUCAGGUCGCCGCCCAUUGGGGGCAUGUUGCCGCCACUCAUAGCAGGCUUGUCACCACCUCCCAUAAUGUCCAU